AUGGCUCAGAUAAGGCCACACAUUUUGGUUGCUCUGUUUAUUGCGUUACUUGCAGCGGAGGCUACCAUUGUUCGAGGUGAUGGAGGUAAUGACAACAAAAAUGGCAAUGGCACUCAGAACAACAAUGGAAAUCAGAACAACAAUUCUGAUGAUGGCGACUUUGAUGAAAUGGAACCCCUAGAGACAGGACAAGAAAGAGCUAAAUGCAAGAAAAAGGGAGCUUGUAACAUGAAAACACUGGUAUGUCCACCUCAGUGCCCUGGAAAGAAGCCUAAGGACAACAAGAAAAAGAAGGGAUGCCAUGUUGAUUGCAGCAGCAAGUGUGAGGCAACUUGCAAGUGGAGAAAACCCAACUGCAAUGGAUAUGGAUCAUUGUGCUAUGAUCCUCGGUUUGUUGGUGGUGAUGGAGUAAUGUUCUACUUCCAUGGAGAAAAAGGAGGAAACUUCGCUAUAGUAUCAGACUAUAAUCUUCAAAUCAAUGCACAUUUCAUUGGAACUAGACCAGAAAGAAGAACAAGAGAUUUUACAUGGGUACAGGCACUUUCCAUAAUGUUUGAUACCCAUAAUCUUGUAAUUGCUGCCAAGAAAAUUUCACAAUGGAAUAGUAACCUUGAUGCUUUAAUGGCGAAAUGGGAUGGAGAAGAGAUUACAAUCCCUAAUAACGCAGAAGCAGAAUGGAGAUCUCUUGGUGAUCAAGAAAGAGAAGUAAUGAUUGAAAGAACUGAUUACAGAAAUAGUAUAAGAGUAAAAAUUGGAGGUUUAGUGGAAAUGGAUAUAAAAGUUACGCCAAUUGGGAAGAAAGAAAACUUAGUUCAUAAUUACCAGUUACCUAAUAAUGAUGCAUUUGCUCAUUUGGAGACACAAUUUAGGUUUAAGAAAUUAUCUGAUUCUGUGGAAGGAAUAUUGGGGAAGACUUAUAGGCCUGGUUAUGUAAGUCCUGUUAAAAUUGGUGUUGCUAUGCCAAUCAUGGGUGGUGAAGAUAAGUAUAAAACUCCAUCUCUUUUGUCACCUAUUUGUCAGGCUUGCAGGUUUCAGAAAACUCAAUCUUCAUCGACAAUACCUGAAGGGACUAUUGCUACAGUCUGAUGGAUUGAUUAAUUAAUGAGCCUCUUUAAUUAUACA